CAUUUUACGAUUAAAAUCAUUUAAGUACAGCCCUUGAAAGAAUUACAAGGAAAAUUGUUCGAGUCGAAUAAUAGUUAUUUUGGUUUAUCACGUGAUGGCGAUUAUAAAAACUUUCUGGAUUAACUACUGUGAAAAUAGUUCUUUGCACGGUCUACGAUACGUCGUCAAAAGUGAAGCUAAGCCUUGGGAAAGACUUAUGUGGGCGGCCUUGAUGGUAGUCGCUAUUGCCACUAUUAUUGUUAAUCUUUUCGCUUCAUGGGAAACUUUUUCGUAUUCAUCCAUACAGAUCAUUUUGGAUAACCCUCGAUAUGAACUUAGCAAAAUUGACUUCCCAGCAAUAACCAUAUGUUCCAUUAACAAAAUUUUAUACUCGAAAGCUAAAAAAUUGAUUUUAAAUAAGUACAAAGAUGAUCCAGAACAGUGGAAAAAAUACGAAAAUUCGUUAUAUGCUAUGGGAAUGUUACAAUAUCCACACUAUAAAGAUUUGUCGAUUUUCGUAAAAAAUAAUCCUGUGAUUGAUUUGCCUUUAGAGAACAUAUCCAAUAUUAUGUUGAAUCUGAUGCCAACGGUUGACCAGAUGUUCAAUAAAUGUUUUUGGAGAGGCUAUAGAUAUAAUUGUUCGGAUAUUAUUCGACUGCAGCGCACUGAAGAAGGAUUUUGCUAUUCUUUCAACAGCAAAACAUCAGAAAGAACAGCUAACGAUAGCAAGUUUAAUCCUCCAAUAGCAGGAUUAAACGACAUAUUAAUUCCACUGAGAAAUAACGCCGCGGGCAAGAUGACUGGGUUUGAGGUAAUCCUGAAUAGUUUGAUUACUGAAUAUUUUCCGAUCGACCGGCGGUACAAAGGAUUUAACAUAAUGAUACACACGCCCGAAGAUUUCCCGGACAUUUCGAGUAGCUACAAGAUUUACAGCGACCUCAACCAGUCAUCGCGAAUAUCGGUCAGCGUCAAAACCAUUCGGGCAGACUCGUCACUUCACCGGCUUAGCGAAGAAGACCGCAAGUGUUUUCUACACCAGAAAAGGACGAUGCAUCACAAGAACUUCCCGUCCAGAAGGAGUAAUGCCGAAAACAAUUGUUACAGCAAAUGCAGACUGCUGACUACAUACAAACGUUGCAAUUGUGUACCUUACUACUUCAACGUGAACAAGCUCGGGCAUUGCUGUGGAAUUGAACAUUUACAAUGUUUAGGAGAAAUGGACGUACUCCAGCGUAACGUCCAAGCUCCGGAAGACCAGCCAGGAUUUCCCAAAUGGAGUGUACCCGUUUUCAUGAACUGCAGUUGCCCGCACUCGUGUUCUUUUGUAGGAUAUACGACGGAAAUGCGACACUUUCCAAAAGAUACCAUGGCAGUCACACAGUUAUCACACGAUUUCAUACCAGUUGAAGUAUAUUACAAAGAAAGGUUUGCUAUCAGUUAUCAGCGAUCAACGAAAUACACUACGCAAGAUUUAUUAACUUCGAUCGGAGGAAUGGCAAGUUUGUUUCUGGGAUGCAGCUUGGUCAGCAUGGUGGAGAUCAUUUAUGUCGUUUACAAAUCAUUGAUGAUGCUGAAACACAAAUAUUUCAAAGUCCUCUCGGAUUCGAAACAACUGCAACAACAGCAAAAACUCGUUCUGUACCGUCGGUAUAACACGUACCGUUUCUGCAGACCUCUGUACAUUCCGCCAAGCGAUAGUCCACGACGUUAUUAGUAAUGAUAGUGCACCGUUAUUAUGUCGGUUGGAGAAUGCCAGCCUGUUAGUAAAAUAUAUUUUACACGAUAGAUAAAAUAAAAACUA